CAUAAGAGUGACUUUGUGGAAUUUCCUUCCACCACAAUGAAGGGGCAUGGAGUUGCUUUCCUCUUGGGCAUCACCUUCCUGAUUCUGUUUGAAGUUAAAGGCACCCCACUAAUAGGAAGUAGACGAUGUUUCUGCAUCAACCCUGGCAGUGAUAAAAUCUCCCUCAGAUCUUUAAAAGACCUUAAACAAUUUGCCCCAAGUCCUUCAUGUGAGAAAACUGAAAUCAUUGCUACAAAGAAGAAUGGGGAUCAAACAUGUCUAAACCCAGAUUCCACAAAAGUGAAGCAACUGGUGAAACAGUGGAAGAAGCAGGUCAGCCAAGCAAAAAAGCAAAAGAAAGGGAAAAAAGUUCAAAAAAUCAAGAGAACUGUAAAGAUUGAAAGAUCCAAAGUUCCUCGUUAAAAGAGGACUACAUAAAAACCCACUUUGCCAACAAGUACCUUGUGUUAAAAUUUGUUUUUAAUUACACUGAAAUAAUUCUAAGAAGAAAUGGCCUCUAAUAGCAUGGACUUGUUGAUUUGACUAGAAAAUGUAAAGCAUCAUUAUGAAAUUAAAACUAGAGCUGAAAAGUUGAUGUUAAAAAUUCAGAAUUAAGAAUUUGUUGGAGGCACUAGCUGUUUCUCUUCCACCACUGGCCAACUGAAUUUCAUCACAGUUUAAUAAUCCACAAAUGUCCACACAGACACAUCCCACACACAACAGCUGCCUGGGCUUCCAGGGCCUCAGCCUGCAGCCUCCAGAGAGUAUUACAGGGCCCAUGUCAUUGAGGCCCACCUGCCUGCAUACCAGUAAGCCAAAUAGCUUGGAACUGAGCUGGAUCUCACCAAACUGCUGUGGCUGUCAGUGUCUGCAUUUGAAUCAGCCUGCAGGCCUCAUACAUGAGGUGCUGAGGGAUCGCACUGGUUGUUCCAGGGAUCCACACUUGGACAUUACCAGUGUCUGGCCUUGGGAACCUUCUCUAAGAAUUUCGAGGUGAUGUGGGUCCAUCUUGCCUGCCCUCACUGACCACACUAUUUCUCUGUUUCUUUGUGCUUCUAUCAAGCAAGCUCUUCCCUGUCCUGCCACAACUCCAUGCCUGCCUCCCUUCCACUGCACAAGUCAUGCUCUCUCAUUCGUCUGGCUGUGCGCCUUUUCCCCAGCUGCCCACAGGCAUGCCUUCUCUCUACUUAGUUCCAGUGAUCUGGUCUUGAAAGCUCAGCUCAAGUUGGACUUCUUCAAUAAACUCCUCUGAAGUGCAGUGAGUGUAGUCAGGGGCAGAGCCUAAAAUGCGCAGUGCCCUGAGUUUGAUCUCUGGCAUUGCAAAUAACUAAAUAAAAAUAUUUUUUAAAACCUUUCAGAUGCUCAAAUCAUCUUAAAAUUCAUAUUUCCCUUGUGCUUAGCAUAUGAGUGAGCACCUGUUUUCUCAUUAGUGUGUGUUAAUUUUCUUUCUAAUCAGACUCUCAGUUCCUCUAGUGUAGGAGCCACAGUUUAUUUCCCCGAAUCUGCCACAAAGCCUAAAAGACUGGAACUCAGUUAUGGUUAUUACAUGUAGAGAAGGCAAUCAGAGCAUGUCUUCCUGGCUACUCUAUGUUGUCUUGCCCCUGAUAAUAUCUUCUAUUCUUUUUCUGGCCACAGUCACUACAGAGAUCAGGGAUAAAGCAAUCCUCAUAUUGUAAUGACAGGAAGUUAACUUGGCUUCUCUAACAAAUAAACACAUUUUAGAAUACUUGUGGAUAUUCUGGCCUGUUUUUUUAUAAAAUAUUCAAGACAUCUGAAAUCAUACAAUCUUACAACAAAAAGGGGUACAGGAUUAGUCAGUCCAGCCUUCUUCCAUUUAAUAUAAAAAUUCCUUCAAUACCAUUUCUGACAAACUCCAGCUUUCUAUGCUAGUAAGAUAGCCACCAAGUUGUUUGUUUUUUGUUUUUUUUUUUAAUGUAU